AUGACCUGGCGACUGUGGCUCUGGUGUUUCUGCGCUUGGGUGGCCGCCGGCUGGCCGCCAGGCAGCGCCCUUCAGCUCCGGCCAGGCAUGCCAAAUGUUUGCGAAGAAGAGCAGCUGACUGUGGUGGGACUGUGACGCCCGUGUGUCCAAGCGUUCACGCAUGCCAUCAAGAUCUGGAAACAGGGCUGCACCAGCCCACGGUGGUGUGUGGGUUAUGAAAGAAGGACCCGAUACUGCACCAUCUACAGACAGGCAUACAGCCUGGAGCAGCAGAUGGCCCACAAGUGCUGCCCCGGUUGGAGCCGGUGGGACAAUGAGCCUGGCUGCCUGUGCUCUGGCUCUGCAGUGGGGACUUGUGUCCAUGGGAAGAGAUGCUCAGAGGGUGAAGUCCAGUGGUGCCAGUGUUCGGAGGGUUUUCAGGGACCCCACUGUCAAUAUGAUAUAAAUGAAUGUAGCGCUGACAAUGGUGGCUGUCAGGACCAAUGCUGUAAUACAAUUGGCAGUUAUUACUGCAAGUGUCAAGCUGGCCAGAAGCUGGAGGAAGAUGGCAGAGGACGUAGAGAUGUCGAUGAAUGUGCGGUGGUGAAUGGAGGCUGCCAGCAGAGCUGUAUUAACACUCUGGGCACCUUCCACUGUGAAUGUGAUACGGGAUACAGACUCCAUGCUGAUGAACGCACCUGCAUAAAGAUGGACCCCUGCAUGGGUGGGAAUGGAUGUGCCUACAUCUGUCAGAGUGAGAAUGGCGUGUCCAGGUGUGCCUGUCACCCAGGGUACCAACUAUCUGAAGACAAAAGCUCCUGUGUAUCUCUUUCUGCAGACCUAAAUGAAUGCACUGAAAGGCUUGCUCCCUGCAGCCAUUGCUGUGUGAACACAGUGGGAUCUUUCACUUGUGCUUGCCAACCUGGUUUUGAGCUGGGAGCUGAUGGAAAACAGUGUUACAGGAUUGAAUUGGAAAUUGUCAAUAGCUGUGAAAAGAACAAUGGUGGUUGUUCCCAUCACUGUGAACAUGCAAUUGAUGGGCCCCGAUGCUCCUGUAACCAUGGACACCGGCUCGAUUCAGAUGAGAAAACAUGCAUAGACCUUGAUGAGUGUGACAGUGGAGAAGCCUGCUGUGCCCAGCUCUGCAUCAACUAUUCAGGAGGCUAUGAAUGCAGUUGUCAGGAAGGCUUUCAGAUCAGUUCUGAUGGUUGUGGAUGUGAUGCUUUAGAUGAUGAACCAGAGGAAGAAGAAGAAUUAGACACUGUGAAGUUUCCAGGUCUUCUAUGCAAGAGCCCACCUCAACUGCUUCAUUAUGUGGCCACCUCUCUGCCUCUCUCCUAUGAAGAUGAAGACCAUGAGGAAGAGGGACAAGAAAUUCCAGGAGAGCUGACUGAUUUGCACAAUGUUGUUUGUUUAGAUCACACCUUCGGACACGAAUGCAGUUUGAGCUGUGAGGACUGCAUGAAUGGAGGCCGAUGCCAGGAAGGAAAGAGUGAGUGUUCCUGUCCCAGUGGCUGGAGAGGCAUUCUUUUUAAUGAAACUCGUUCCCCAGAGACCAGUGUGAGAGAGUAUGAUGACAUCUGUGAUUGUCAGAAUGGAGGCACCUGUGACCCUCUGACUGGGUGAUGCAAGUGCCCCCCAGGGGUUCAUGGGAAAACCUGUGGAAACGGAUGCCCAAAAGGAUUCUUUGGGAAGAAUUGCAAAAGGAAAUGUAACUGUGCCAACAAUAGCCAUUGCCACAGGGUAUAUGGAGCCUGUAUGUGUGAGCCAGGGCGCUAUGGGAGGUUUUGUCAUUUGAACUGUCCCAAGGGGGCCUAUGGAGCUGGCUGCUCUUCAGAAUGUCAGUGUGUGGAGGAGAACACCCUGGAAUGCAGUGCCAGAAAUGGCAAUUGCACCUGCAAAUCUGGUUACCAAGGCAACAGAUGCCAGAGAGCCUGCCCUGAUGGCCUCUGGGGAUCAGCAUGCCAAUUCUUCUGUGGACCCUGUGAGAAUGGAGGUCAGUGCAACAAAGAAACUGGAAACUGUGACUGUCUUCCUGGUUACACAGGAAAAGCCUGUACCCUAUUUCAUGUAACUGGAAUAUUAACUCAGAUCAUGAGGAAACAAGUGGUGCCUCCAACAACCACUAAGCUGUUUUCCAUCUUCCUGCGGUCCAGCCUGAUGAAGUAUCAGCAAAAUGUCAGCUCCCACAGAGAGGUGCGACGAGAGGCGACACAAAGCAGUGACAGGCCUUUCAAAAAGCUAUUGUGCAAAUUCAGUUUUAAAAUAGGGAUGUGGCUGAGGGCUGCUGGGUAUGUCGUUACCAAUGCGUUCAACUCCCCAUCGUCUAUAAGAACGGAAGAGAGUCACGGUGCAGUGAUAGAAGAGCUUUACGUUGAAGAGUGGUUGACAGACAUAGCUAAGAACAUUGUUGAAAUGUCAAGUGCCAUAGGAGCCUAUGCUCAAUUUAACAACAGAGGGAGGAUGUUUUUUGUUUGUCUGUAUGCAGCAUGUCCAGCUUAUUUCCACAACCUAAGCUGCCUGCUGUACCACAUCAAUAAUGAUAGUUCUCAGCAGGACCUUGAUACCAGCCGGUGUAUCUGCCUGUCCAACUGGACUGAGCCCCCUGACAGAAGCUCUAGUGAUGCUGGUAUUUGCAGACUUGGCCAUGAAACACAUGUGAUGGUGGUUAAAAGUAGUAAUAACUGUGACCUCUCCCUUCCUGCUUCUGUCUUCAUGAAGAGGGUUUUAUGUGGCAGCUAUCCUUGGGCCAAAGCAGGAAAUCUGAAAGUGGAAGAGAAGGGCCCCAGGACUUCCUAUGUAUAUGUUUGCCCAGCACCCCGAGGCUCCCCUGGAAAGGAAGAUGCAGAGCAUCUCUGUGAGGUCCCCAUUCUCAUCAGCUGGUAUGUCAACUCUUUACCCGAUGAAGAUGCUGUACAGCUGGUGUAUCAACUCUUUAGCCGAUGA